AUGGCAUGGGCCAGUAUUGUCCAUGAAGCCACCAGAAGGCCACCUUCUCCUCCGCCUGGCCAUGUCUACCAUCACACUUGCUUCGUCUAUUCUCCUGACGACGUGUCGACGAGCUCACCACCCAUUAUUGCCUACAUAUCCAGGAAUGGCGACAUCAAAAUGCGUGAUAUUGACCUAGACUGGACGAACAAUCCGCGUAUUGUGAUAAAGGAGCUAGUCACUUCCAAACGAAUGAGCCGUCACGACUUCGAAGAUAUCCUACGCCUGGCUAGUCAAGAGAACAGUCGAGAAGACAUGAAAUGCUCCAAUGCGUGCCGGCACCUACGAGAGUUUCAGCCUGGGUUUGACCUGCUGCAGUGGUUUGGGCGUCAGAUGGCAGAGAUAUACCUUGUGGCUUUACGAUCAGGCCUUGAGGAUGAUUUAUGGGAACCAGAUCCGCCGGAAUACAAUCCUACUUCUUUUCCAAGCUGCAUUAUUCAGUAA